CCCCGUUGUCACUAAAUCGAGAAAAAAAUGCACACGCACAGAUCAGGAACUCCCACCGCCUACCUCGCCGUCGUCGCCGAAAAUGUCGUCGCGUAACCGUGAACUGGCGGCAGCCAUCGGGCGCCUCGCCGCGUCCUGCGACGGCGCUAUCCUAGGUCUCGCCCUUGCGGCAGUCGCCACGGCCUCCUGGGUCAAGUACUUCGCUACCUCUGCUGCCCUUGGCCGCAUCAAGGCUGCCCCCUCCGCCUCCAUCUCCGGCCUCCGCUCUAUCCUAUCCGAUGGAGAAGAGGAGCCCAUCCUGGUUGUCGUCCGAGGUCGUGUCCAGCCAACCUCCGCCAUAGAGGCCCACGGCAUCUGGGGACCUUUCAAGAGAGAGGGUGUCCUCACUCCCCACGGCUCCGACGAGAGUGCUGUUGCGAUCCUCAGCACCCAGACGUGUCUUUACAAUGAAUGGAAGGGAAUGCUCUCGUGGAGUCUUGAUCUCCAGUCCAUUCUUUUCAGAACAACCAAGGAGCAAAAGUCAAGCUCAUUGAGAUUGGUUCCAUUUAUUCUCGUUGAAGAUUCUGCGUGGCCUAAUUCAGGCUAUGUUCAUGUUAAUUUGGAUGGUUCAACCCAACCAUUACCUCUGACUACAGUUUAUCAUGAGCUGCACCCUAUUCAAGCUACUCCUUUAACAUUCUUCCAGGUCAUGCUUGGCUCUGGAUAUCCUGUGGCACUGUUGAAUGAAGAAAAAAUCCUUCCAAUUGGGAAGGAGGUCACUGCAAUUGGCAUCUGCAGCAUUAGAAAUGGCGCCAUAGAGAUAAAGUCAUCCAAGGAUCUUCCUUGUUUCUUGGCUGACAUGACAAAGGAUGAAAUUGUAACUGAACUUAAUUUCAAUGCAAGGAUCUUAUUCUGGGGUGGUGUUCUGCUUGGAACACUGUCUGUUGGUAUAUUAUGCUAUGCCAUCGUCAGGAACUUAUGGAGGUGGAAAGAAUGGAGACUAAGGCGACAAAUUGAAGACUUAGAAGAGGCCAUAGUGGAAAACAGCUCUGAAGGGGAGGAUGUACCUGAUGGGCAACUUUGUGUUAUUUGUUUAACAACACAAAGGAGAUCUGCUUUCAUUCCUUGUGGGCAUCUUGUUUGUUGUCCUCCCUGUGCAAUGCAUGUAGCCCGUGACCGUUCACCAAAAUGUCCUGUGUGUCGGCAGACUGUACGGUCCUCCAUUAGAAUAUAUGAUUCUUGAGGAUGAUGGUCAUUGCGGCAAAACAAAGCUGACCUAGCUUGGUAGGGAUGAUGCAAAUUCCAAUUGGAUUACAAUUGUGCCAACUCGAAUGUGGUUAUAUAUUCAUUUGCUAACUUGCUGCUUA